CACCUAGACCAAGAAAGAAGGACACUUAUAAAAAAAAAAACUACACAAAUUUAUUGACUAGAAAUUGAGAACGUAGAGAAUAGAGCAACCUCUCUUAAGCUUUACCUACCCACUUUUCCUUUGAUCGUUAGCUACCCUUGUAUACUUUUAUUUAUAACUCAACUAAUUUUCUAACAUUCAUACACUUUGCACUACACUUGUAUCCUCUGUUUUCUCUCUCAUUUAUCAGCUCUGCUUUGGAAGUUGUUCUUAAUUAUUCUACUAUUAUCAUGGGAAACGAUGUAAUGGUUGAUGAUAUUGCUUUUGCUCCUGAACUUACAUUGACUAAAUCACUACCUUUAUUAGGUUAUGGGUGCACAGAGCUAGAAAUCCACUUUCUGCAAAUAAAGUUCACAGCAAUUGGAGUGUACAUGGAGAAAGAAGUGGUACAACACUUGCAGAAAUGGAAGGGUAAAUCAGGAAAAGAACUCGCCGAGGAUGAUGAUUUCUUUGAUGCUCUUACCGCAGCACCUGUCGAAACAGUUAUUAAGGCGGUCGUGAUCAAGGAGAUUAAGGCUUCACAAUUAGGCACACAGCUGGAGGGUGCAGUAAGGGAUCGAUUGGCAGCUAUCGACAAGUAUGAAGAAGAGGAAGAAAUCGCGCUUGAGAAGGUUGCAGAGUUUUUUCCUACCAGAUACCUUAAGAAAAACUCUUUCUUCACUUUCAGCUUCUUUGCUUCAGGCACUGCUGAGAUCACUAUAACAACGGAUGAGAAAGAAGAAACGAAGACAGCAGUGGAGAACAAGAAUGUGGCGGAGAUGAUCAAGAAAUGGUACUUAGGCGGAAGCAGGUCAGUGAGUCCUUCAACCAUCGAGUGCUUGGCUAACAACCUCUCAGCCGAGUUAUCCAAAUGAAUGUAGCGCAAAUGGGUGUAGUCUCUUGUGAUCAUGUUGUGCACUUGUGCCUUAUUAACUUUGUGCUGUUUAGCACACUGGUGGAAACAAAUGUAUGUUUUGGUGGGAUUCCUUUUGAUUCAUUAUGUUUCAUGUACUAAUAAUAAUUAAUGUCCUCUUUGGUAAUAACAGCUCUUGCAAAACUCGUCUCAUCUCAUGUAUGUCGGAUUUGCAUCAGUUAAAGACACGAAAUAAAUUGACAUUACUCAGAA